CUCUCCGCAAUCGCCACCGGCACCGGCACCACCGUCUGGGCACCUCCAGGAAACGGGCGGUGCUUCCUUGCAACAUUCCCGAUCUGUGCCAUUUCCGCCCCCCUCCCGCGUCUUACUCCGUAGAAGCGACGGUCGGCUGCCAAAAUCCUGCCAGCCCCCCUCCCCGCCCGAGCGCCCCUCCCCGCUACAUUCCUGCGAGGCUCCAGCGUUGGGUGGGGGCAUCGAUGUUUGCCAUGUGCCAACCGGAAUUCCCCCUCCAGCCACAGCUCGGUGAAGUCCAGGGAAAUUCACAGCAGGAUGUGAUCUACCGUAACAAAAAGGACUCCCAUCCAGAUAAGAACCUCAACUUCAUGGAUGAGAAGUCCUAUGAUAGCAAUGAAAACUGGAGCCAAUCCAUAUCAAAGGUGCAGAUACCAGAGGAAUGGGAGCAAUGGAAUUACAGUGGGAUAAAGAAGGUACCUGAGAAUCUAAUAUGCCAACAGAAAACAAAGAAUUGCUCCAGAGGCAUUUCUCAGAACCUAAAGUCUGAUGACAACUUCCUGGGCUUAGAGGAGGAGAAGGAAGGACAGGAGGAGGACAUUCGUAGACCACCCGAAGGUGCCGAGGUCAGGAGUCCAGAACAAGAGACCAACUGCCAGGUGAAGGUGAAGGUAAGAGGGAAACUGGCCAGGUCCCCUCGAGAAGAUAAGGGUUGUUCCAGCAGUCAUUGGAUUGAUAGCCCUGAGAGUGAUGGCACCAAUGUUUGGAAGAUACCUUCUGUUACUGAUGAAGACUGGACAUGUAACACUAAGCAACAAGCCUCCUCUGGUGAUUUUGACAGUUCUUCCUCUAGUUCUGAGACCUUCUCCCCAUCACUGGCAGAAGCUUUCAGGAACAUGCAGGAGAAGGAGAAGUUCAAAGAGUUGGAGAAACAGAAAUAUCGCAUCCACUUAGUGAUGUAUCGCCGCCUGGCCUUGCUACGCUGGAUUCGCAGCCUCCAACAGAAUGUUGCUGACCAGCAAAAUCGACUGCAGGAGAGCUUUGACACUAUCCUGGACAACCGCAAAGAACUUAUUCAACAUGUCCAGCAAGGCACGGUGCACACCAAAACCUCAACUUAGGGAGAAUUGUAAAAAAAAGCCCCCCCUUCUAUCUCUUCAUUUCUUAGUUUGGCCUCCCAAAUAAGGGUCAUCAGGAUCAUGGUUUGUUUGCACUUUGCCCCAGUGGACUUUUCUCGUGUUUGAUGUUCCUCCUAGAACACAUCAGAAAAUUAUCAGCAAGUUAGUACAUAGACACUCCAGGACAUAUUAUUUAUGCGGACACAUAAUUUUUGUUCCAAGAUAUUUUCCAAGAUGCAUCACUUCUGGGGGUGAAUGUAUUAUAAAUACAACUUAGAGUGAAACAAAAUAAGAGAUGCAGGUGGUAUUAUGAUGAUUCGAGCCUAUGGCCAUGGAGAAAAGCUGAAAAAUCGUGGACAUAUAGGCUUAUAAAAUACCUGCUAAGCAUCUGAGAUGGAAAGAAGCUUGAAAUGGGAAUUUUUUAAGUCAGUUAUCAAAUCUUGUGCUACUAACUGGAUAAAAUGUUGGAUGCUUCAAACCAUGAUGCAGCUUGCAUGGCAUGACAUCCUUAUGAUACAUGAGGUAGUUCUGUGCCACUAUUUGAUAACUACUCCGAACUGCCAAAUUUCUGUUCCUAACCUGCCUGGCCAUUUCCAUACACUUUGCCUUAUUUAUCAUCCUUGUUAGCUUCUUAGCUAGACUCCAUCCUUCUUGCUAUGAACAAGGGCUUUGAGUUGGUUUGCUAUCCAAGCUUUCUAUCCUAGGUUUUGCUAUCCAAGCUUUCACAUCCUGCUUCCAGGUGCUUACAACUUUUUCAGCCCUUAAAGUUCAAACCUAUCAGCAUGCAAAACAAGAAUCUGGAAACCAAAGAUCUGAAAGGCUUUAGAAUAGGCAGGAUUCUUCUCUCCAGCCUUGUAUUUGGUUAAUCUACAUCUGGUUCUUUCCUUGGCCCUCAUCGAUUUAUCAAAAUGGGAUGAUGCUGAAUUUGAAGCUGAUUUUGUGAACCAAUCAACAUAUGCCCCAAAUGUAACCAACCCAACAAUCCAAAUUGUAUCUCCUGUUCUUCAUCUGAUCCUUGGUGUAUGUUGAACCAAGGUUGGAUGUCAACAUAAAAAAAUCUGUGCCCAAGUUGAUUGAAGAAAGAGGAUCUUGUUUCCUACGUUUUGGACAAUGACCUCUUUAAAUUAAAACCAGAAGCACGUUUCACUUUACUUCCAAAUAAACCAAACCUUUCCAAGAGUGUAUUCACCUUGGAGACCAAAUAUGAUUGUACACAUAAUUGCAUGCAUGUUUGUUUAAAAAAAAAAACAAGGAGCAUGGAAUAUUGUAACUUUCAAAGUAACACAGUUGUAUGUUAACUUCCAGAAAUCUUCAUCACUGGCUAAAAUUGAAGCCUAGUAGCCUCUUGAAGCCCAUAAAUUUUUGCAUAAGUAGAGUAAUAAUACAGGUACUUCUCAAUUUACAACUGUCGUAAAUCAUGGCGGCUGUAAAGCAGAUCACCUAUGUGAUUGAACGACCUUUUUUGGUGGUCAUUAAGCAAAUGCUGUGUUGGUUAAGUGACCCCAUUAUUCACCAUGGGCCAUUUUUGUCCCAAACCAGAAGUAAAUGCCACUUCUCAAAAUCUUUCCUCCUUAAGAUGUUCAUUCUCUUGGAAUGAAGAAGAGACAUAUAUCUCAUCCUUGUGCCUCUCAAUCAUACUCUACACUGCCCUUUAAAAAAAACCAAGUGUGCUAUAUUUCCUUGAAUUUUAUUUGUAUAAGACUAAUUCCUGUCUUCCACAUCCAGAAAGGCUAUAGAAAUUGAAUUAAAUGUCACACAAUACACUGAAGAGAUACCUAAUCCUGUAGGUAGAUUUGCAAUAAUACAGCUACAAACUACUGUUCUCUAGUCUACAAUGUUUGGUGAACACAAACUCUGAGCGACUUGCUAACAAAACUGGCUCCUCUUUUAAGAUGAGUUAGAAAGUUUCUGAGAGUGUUUGACAUUUUCCAAAAUAUCUAAAUUAGGGAAUAUCAUAUGAAAAUAUUUGUUUGGCCAAUUGACCAAACCCAAUUUGCUAUUUCUUUAGUAUGAUAAGCUGUCAGAUUUAUGUCAAAGUUAAUAUCCCCUAGUUCUUCAGUAUAAUCUACUGACCUCAGUUGGUUCUGGUUACCUUCAAGAUUAAUAGAUAUUUCACCCAGCAUCUUUUUGGUGGAAGUGAAAUUUAUUUUUUUAAAUAUUUUACAUAAUGUUUAUUUUAAUCUUCCUUUCCUACAGAUGAUUCCAACUAUGAUAGAAGUAGAGAUAUAUGGAUGUACAUUUCCAGUAAUGGAUAUCGUGUUGCGGAAAUCCUUCUCAAACUGAUUAAAAAAAAAAAACAUUUAUGAUUCAUCUGUGUAAAGAGACUUGUCUGUUGCUUUUCUAUAUUUUUUUUAACAGAAUAAAUGUAUUACAAAGUAUAAUAUAGGAUAAUGAUGUAAACUGACUUUACUGAUUGAAGCAUUUGGGUAAUUAUUGCUAUCGCUAGUACAAAUCAGGAGUGAUAUGCAUGUUCUUUGAAAGAAGAUAAAAAUGUCUAUAUUUGGAGACAUACUUUGCAUCUUGAUUAGUAAGCUCCUACCUAAGGCAUUUUGUGGGUAAAUGAAAUAAGAUUAUAGAAUGAGAAUGCAGGUGGCAAUACAUUGGAUGUAAAAUUUCCAUAGAUUUUGUUUGCAUUGUGUCUAAGCAGAUGCUAUUCAGGUAGUCCUUCACUUAUGACUAUUUGCGCUCGCAAUUUCAGUCAUAAAGUGGGUCAUCCUGUGAGCAUGCCCAAUUUUACAAUCUUUUGCUGGUGGUCACUAAGCAAACACUGUGGUUGUACAGUGAACACCAUGGUUGUUAAGUGAACACUACAGCCAUUAACAAAGCCAUUGUUUAUUAUGACAUGGUUCUUCUGCCAGGAAUUGGAAAUAAACACUGGUUUUCAGCAAAAAUGGCAUGUGAUUCUGGGGGGGCUGCAAAUGUUCAUAAAUGCAGGCUAGUUGCCAAGUGCCCCAAAUGUAGUCAUGUAACUGUGGGAGACGUGGAAAUGGGACGUCGGAAUGUUGAAUCCGGCUUAUAAGUCCCUUGUUUAGGGUACAUCAUAACUUCGAAAAUGAUGUCUGAUGGGUCAUUCCAUGUCAAGUGGUCUGCGGCUCCCUGCUCGACCAUCACAGAUUUCGAUGAAAUUUGGUGUGAACAUGCACACAUGUCCCCAAUGAACAUUGGUAAAGAGUUACAUUUGCCGAUGCAAUAGUUGUGGAGAUAUAGCCCAUACCUCAGCCCUCUACAGUAUGACUCUGAGGUUUCAGCAACUUUGAGACAUAAUACUGUAUCUCUGGCAAUAUUUUGCUGAGAGAAACAGAACUUGGCCAUCUUUUGUACAACUUGUUGUGUUCUAUUAAACAAAAUAAUAAAAACUUUCUCAUGAGCGAUCUCCAUCUAGAUUAUUUGGGGCAAAGUUGGCCAAAAAUGAACGCAGCUCGAAAAAAGGUUAAAGUUUGGCUUUUUAUAACUCUGGAAGGAAAGGUAUGAGAAAUGUGAAACUUUGUGUGUAAUAACUUAACAAUACAAGGUUUUCAAAUACAACAUUUUAUUCUGCAACUGAUUUCCAGUAGUUCACAAAUUGAGUGUAAAGUUUCUGAUUAUAAAUUGAGGACUAUGUGUACCAGUGGUGGGUUCCUACCAGUUC